UUGUUUGGAGCGGGCUUAUAUAGGGGGGGCCAUGGAGCCCCACAGCUAGAGCCCUCCAGCAGCCUCUCCGCUUGGUGCAGCAGCGGCCGUGGCCACAGCCAGCGUCUCCUUCUGGGCGCACCUUGGCCAAUGGCCCAGCCGGAUGGGGAGGCGCUGCCCGGCGCCCUGGAGAAAGAAGAGCCGCGCUCGGGCGCCAGCACGCCCUCCACGCCCUCCGUCUGCUCGCCGCCCUCCUCCGCCUCGUCCUCCUUGCCGCCGUCGGGGGCCAAGAACGUCUGCUCCAGCUGCGGCCUGGAGAUCUUGGACCGGUACCUGCUCAAGGUGAACAACCUCACUUGGCACUUGCGCUGCCUGGAAUGCUCCGUGUGCCGCACUUCGCUUCGCCAGCAAAACAGUUGCUACGUCAAGAACAAAGAGAUCUUUUGCAAAAUGGACUAUUUCAGUCGGUUUGGUACCAAAUGUGCUCGUUGCGGGAGACAGAUCUACGCCAGCGACUGGGUCAGGAGAGCCCGCGGCAACGCCUACCACCUGGCCUGCUUUGCUUGCUUCUCCUGCAAGAGGCAGCUGUCGACCGGGGAGGAAUUUGGCCUGGUGGAAGAGAAAGUCCUGUGCCGGAUCCACUAUGAUACCAUGAUCGAGAACCUCAAGCGUGCGGCAGAGAACGGUAAUGGCAUCACGCUGGAAGGGGCAGUCCCAUCUGAGCAAGACAGUCAGCCAAAGCCGGCGAAGAGAGCACGGACGUCUUUCACGGCAGAGCAGCUGCAGGUCAUGCAGGCACAGUUUGCUCAGGAUAACAACCCAGACGCGCAGACCCUUCAGAAGCUGGCGGACAUGACGGGACUGAGCAGGAGAGUAAUUCAGGUUUGGUUUCAGAACUGCAGAGCACGGCAUAAAAAGCACACGCCCCAACACGCGGUGCCCCCAUCCGGAGGUUCCCAGUCCCGCAUCCCUUCAGUGCUGCCCGACAACAUCCCCUAUUCUCCCUUCAGCAGUCCUGAGAGGGCCAGGAUGGUGACGCUCCACAGCUACAUAGAAAGUCAGGUACAGUGUGGACAAAUGCACUGCCGCCUCCCCUACGCUGCCCCUCCUGUGCACCUCAAAGCCGACAUGGAAGGACCCCUAUCGACUAGGGGGGAGAAGGUCAUCCUGUUCCAGUAUUGACUGCUCACGCUCUUCCUGACCUCCCAGGGACGCUUGAGGUAGCACUGCCGCUGACUCACCUGCCACGUGAUCCACGCCAACCAUGGGUCCUCAGGCUGUGGGAAACCACCAGCGGUGGAAUUCUUGGCCGCGUCUACCAAUCUGGCACCUGAAUCUCAACUGAUCUCCAGACUGCCGCCACCUGCUGAGCACCUGAUCUGCAUCCUUCACUGUCUCCUCCUUGCGGACCUGUUGGCUGGCAAGGACCCCCAGGACAAUGCCCUCGCUGACCAACCAAUAAGAUGUGCUGCUGCUCCCAAAACUGAAGGAAGGGGGGGUUAUUGAAGGCCAAGCUGGAGAUUUGUCUGUCAGCUAUUUUGGGAAAAGAAAAUGAAUUGCCCAGGCUAAAAGUGUUCCCCACUGUUGAUUUUAAACCCACGUCUGCUGACUAGUGUGCUCAACCUUUUAUAUAUAAGACCUGCAGGCCAUAUUCUUUCUUGGUGUGUGUGUAUGUGGCGGGGGGGGGGAGAGGCAGCAGCACCCUUCACCUCAACAGUUUUGACAGCAGGCACUGUGGACCUGUAUGUUUCAAAUGCUUUUCAACCAUCUAGUCUUUGACUCUCCCUGUAGGAAACUUGUCCACCUACUCCCGUGACAGGCAGGGGGGUAUUUGCAGAUUUGAACCAAAAAUCGGCAACCUGUGUCGGAAGAAUCCAUUCUAGGCUGUUCCCAAGCCAGCCCAUCACAAGGGGGUGGGGCUGGAGUUAAAAUCUUUCUAAUUCCUAGGAGCCAGAAUCACUGAUAGGGCCCAGCACAGAGCUGAGAAAAUAGUUAGCUAUUCAUUAGUGUCAGCAUCAAGCUUUUCAGGAGCUGGGGAUGACCAGGCAGGCCAACCUCAGAUUUUUACAGCAUUGCAAAGACUGUUGGCAAAACUGGAAUUUUCGUUUUGAGCCCCCCUGCUACCCCUGCUCGCACAAUGAGGUUUUGCUAUACGAAGCCACAGAGCUGAGAUUUGUGGUGCAUGGUAUUGCCUACUCUGACUGGCAGCAGCUCUCCAAAGUCUCAAGCUUUGCCCCACUAUCAGUAGGUAGCUGCUGGAUUCAUUAAGUGCAGACUGGCCCCAUUCAACCAAUUCGUUGUCAUGGAUUUAGAUCCAGUUUUUAGUGAUCCACCUAAAACGUGUGUAGCGCCAUAGCCGCUCCUUGGGAGCAAGUCCUUGAGACAUUACAUAGCCCCUCCCAGUUGGAAUUGAUUAAUUUCUUAGCCUUGUUUCCUGAGGGUUGCUUCUCCUGGAGUGCUGACUUAAAGGCAUAGAAGCAUGUUCCCCUACCAGCAGAGUGUUGUGAAGCUGGGCUGGGCCAUGGUUUCAUUGCUUCUGAUCUCUGUGGUCAAGGCUUUCACUAAUCUUUGCAGCUGUGUGGGCUCAGAGGAGGGCCAGCUUGGACCGAUUCCAAUGGUGAAUAUGAGGAUGCUGGGGGGGGGGAUGUGUCCUCCUUUUCCAGGAUGGUUUCUGGUUGAGUGCUACAGUACCAUUUGGACGUAGCCGUAGCAGCAGUCUCCAUGAAUGGCUUGGGUCUGGGAGCCCCAGAGCUGCUGUAUGGGAUGCAGGAAAGCACGAGAUCUUUGGUGCCUGCACUACUGGGAGAGUGUACUGCCACUUGGGAGUGCUUCUGUGCUUUUGAAAGCAAAACAUGAAAACCUGGUAGGUUUUAGCAGUCACGGCUGUGGGCCCAGGGAAAGAGACUGACAUGCAGCACAGUCCUAAUCACCUUUGGAAUGAACUCGGUGUUCUUCAGUCAGCGUGCAUUACAGCUGCAGUCUUACAAAUGGAUUCGGUCUAGGCACCCUUUAUAGGCCUCCCUAGGAUUUCCCACAGCUAUUUUUAAAGGUAAAAGCAGCUGCAUAAAUAAGUGCCCAAAUUGGAUGAGGGCCAUGGUGCUGGGGGAGUCUUUUUUUUAAACCCCCCCCCCCAUUUUCUCCCCUCCCCACAAGCUGCUUUUGCUCCAUAGGGAAAAACAUGCAGACACACCAUAUAUGAACAGCCCAUGAGAGGUGAGGACAUGUCCAGUGCAGUGUAGCGGAAAGUUGCAGCCACAUGUAUAUGUAUCUAAAGUGAGAAUCCACUCCCCCACCCACUCUUCCCCACCUCUGCAGGAAGCCUUGGGCUGUGUUCCUUGCAAAUCUCAGGAAGCAGCCAGGACUAGCUUUUUAAACUUGAGAAAUUCUUUUGGCUCUGCCAUGCAAAAACUGGAAACAAUUCAUCAUUAGUUAAAUGAUGUCUAUGGAAAAUAAAUGACUGUCCUGAGAAUGUAAGACAUCCCCUAAUUUCUGUAGUCCAGCAGCUCUAGUUAGCCAAUGUGUUUACAAUGACUGAUGGUGCUGAACAAAGUCUUAUCUCGGGUCAAGAAGAAAAACUUUGAACAAAGGCACUCUUUGCACUCAGUUUGCUGACUGUAGUUGUCAGGCGAGUUCUACCAGGCAAGAAAGCAAAUGUUCACCCUGGUGUAACAAUUCUGAUAUACAUGCAGUGGCUUUGGUUUGUGCAUAUGAAGCUCCAAGCAAGCAGGGGCUUCUCCAUUCAUUUCAUUGUCACACUGGUUGAACUGAAUGGUAAAGCCCUGUUUCUGUGGAGCUUUCUGUGUGCACUGGAACCCCUUUGGAGCUUUGGACUAUAGCUAGGUAUACUUUUGUAAAAUAUUUACAAAACUGUUGCAGACUGCCUCUCCUCCUCCAAACCUUUUGGGCUAAAAUUAAUUGUAAAAGCCUUCUGACAGACAGGAAAUGAAUCUGAAGCAUGGAUGCUAAAAUGUCGUGUAUUUCCCUUCCCUUGCCAGAAUGAGUUACGCCCCCACUGGAUUGACUUAACAACCCUAUUUUAGCAGCAGGCUGCACCAACAAAUAGUGGCUUAGACCACACAAAUACAGAAUGUGGUACUGGGCAUGGAAUCCAGCUUCUUAAAAAGAAUGUGUUUUAUAUAUACAUUUAAAACUUCCAGUUUCUAGCCCUUAAGGCUAAGAAAAUUGUGAAAUCUGGAAGAACCUUGGGAGAGGAAUUAUUAAGAAUGCUUUCAAUUAAGUAGGGAAGACAGUUACAUACAUGGCUCCCUGCCACUCCUUGCCAAAACCAGAAGAAAUCAUGCAAAUAUAUGCAUAUUAGCUUAUUUGCAUAAUAGAUACAGGUUGAGCUUGACAAGCCAGAACUAUCCUCCCCCUCUUUCUUUCUUAUCUUAGAUAAGCUUCACACUCCAGAACAAGGAGCACUUAGGACCAUGGCACAAACUGGGCUACAGGGGGCUUCAAACACUGGAGAUAGCAGGCAGCAGGCAGGCCUCGCAAGGUGAUGCCAGCGGCAGACACUUAGCCAAGUUUUCUUGAAAAAGAGCAGAUUGUUUUGUUUGUAGCAUGUUGCAAUUGUGCGUGUCUUGGCUACAAAUACCCUUCUAAAGAGCAGGCAGUCAAGACUCAUAUUUAUUUAAAAAGAGAGGGAAAAUUUAAAAAAAAUGUAAAGCACUUUUUAAAUUGUAAAACCAAUGUCUGUUUUGUUACCUACUUUUACUGUUGUGCUUUGUAAAUGUCUUAUUUGUGUAAUAAAUAAAGUUAACGCAAGUCAAAGUGCUGGCACUUACA